GGCUGCAGCCUUGGGAUAUGAGUGCUGCUAUUGAACUUGAUAAGGUUUUAAUCAAACUUCUUAUUUCAGUGACUGUCUCAGUCGGGAUCUUCAUUUGUAUCACUGUUUUCCAGCUUAACAAAAGAAACAAAGGUCAUACUGAUAGCCUGAAAGAGCAGGACAUCACCACAGAGAACGCCAGUAUGUCACAGACAAAUAAGAAGACAAUGCUGCAACAAAGUAAGCACCAAGACGCCCAAACUCUGGGGGUUGGCAAAGCAAUCGCUGUCCUGACAUCAGGAGGAGAUGCACAAGGAAUGAAUGCAGCUGUACGAGCGGUGGUAAGAGUGGGAAUUUACACAGGUGCCAAAGUCUAUUUUGUACAUGAGGGCUACCAAGGAUUGGUCGAUGGAGGUGACAACAUUCGAGAAGCCACUUGGGAAAGUGUUUCAAUGAUGUUGCAGUUGGGUGGUACAGUAAUAGGAAGUGCCCGAUGUCAAGAUUUCCGAAAUCGAGAGGGGCGUCUUAAAGCAGCAUGCAACUUAGUAAAGAGAGGGAUCACCAAUCUAUGUGUCAUUGGUGGGGAUGGCAGCUUGACUGGAGCAGAUACCUUCAGAUCAGAAUGGAGUGGACUGCUAGCUGAACUAGUUAAAGCAGGAAAAAUCUCAUCUGCAGAAUCUAGUAAUUCUAGCUUUCUGAAUAUCGUCGGAUUGGUCGGCUCCAUUGACAAUGACUUCUGUGGAACAGAUAUGACAAUCGGCACUGAUUCUGCCCUUCACCGGAUAAUGGAAAUAGUGGAUGCCAUUACAACAACAGCACAGAGUCACCAAAGGACAUUUGUUUUAGAAGUGAUGGGUCGGCACUGUGGGUACUUGGCUCUAGUAACAGCUCUUGCAUGCGGAGCAGACUGGGUGUUUAUUCCAGAGUCUCCUCCUGAAGAGAACUGGGAAGAGCAUCUUUGCAGAAGACUAAGUGAGACUAGGGGACGUGGAUCAAGACUUAAUAUUAUUAUAGUUGCUGAAGGAGCAAUUGAUCACAAUGGCAAACCUAUCACAUCAGAGGACAUUAAAAAUCUGGUUGUAAAGCGCCUUGGCUAUGACACAAGAGUCACCGUCCUUGGACAUGUGCAGCGUGGUGGGACACCGUCAGCCUUUGAUCGCAUUUUGGGAAGUCGAAUGGGCGUUGAAGCUGUGAUGGCCUUAUUGGAAGGAACACCAGAUACGCCAGCUUGCGUGGUCAGCUUGUCUGGGAAUCAAGCAAUCCGCCUGCCUUUAAUGGAAUGUGUGCAAGUGACCAAGGACGUGACACAGGCUAUGAAUGAGAAACGAUUCCAGGAUGCUGUAAAGUUAAGAGGAAGGAGUUUUGAAAACAAUUGGAAUGUUUACAGAACACUCGCUCACAUAAGACCUCCUUCUAUAAAGAGUGGCUAUAACCUGGCUGUGCUGAAUGUCGGUGCCCCUGCAGCUGGCAUGAAUGCCGCUGUUAGAUCCACUGUCAGGAUUGGCAUUAUACAAGGUCACAGGAUGUUCGCUGUUCAUGAUGGAUUUGAAGGUCUUGCUAAAGGACAGAUUGAAGAAAUUGGCUGGGGUGGUGUUGGUGGGUGGACAGGACAAGGAGGCUCACGGCUUGGAACCAAAAGGGUGCUGCCUAAGAAAUACUUUGAAGAGAUCAGUGCCAAUAUUAGCAACUUUAACAUACAUGGGUUGAUUGUUAUUGGAGGUUUUGAGGCUUUCACAGGCAGCCUAGAAUUGAUGGAAGGACGUGCCAAGUUUGAGGAGCUGUGUAUUCCAAUUGUCGUUAUUCCAGCCACUGUUUCUAACAAUGUCCCUGGAUCUGAUUUCAGCAUUGGUGCGGAUACAGCUCUUAACACUAUAACUACGACAUGUGACCGAAUCAAGCAGUCUGCUGCAGGGACGAAGAGAAGAGUGUUCAUCAUUGAGACUAUGGGAGGUUACUGUGGAUACUUAGCUACUAUGGCAGGCUUUGCUGCAGGCGCAGAUGCUGCUUACAUUUAUGAAGAGCCGUUUUCUAUACAUGAUUUGCAGAUAAACGUUGACCAUCUUACGGAAAAAAUGAAGACAACUGUGAAAAGAGGUUUAAUUUUAAGGAAUGAAAAGUGCAGUGAAAACUACUCCACAGAUUUUAUAUUUAAUUUAUAUUCAGAGGAAGGAAAAGGAAUCUUUGACUGCAGGAAAAAUGUUCUGGGCCACAUGCAGCAGGGAGGUACCCCAACACCUUUUGAUAGGAACUUUGGUACAAAAAUGGGGGCUAAAGCUGUACUGUGGAUAACCACUAAAAUAAAGGAAUGCUCUAGACAUGGCCGCAUAUUUGCAAAUACAGCCGAUUCAGCCUGUUUACUUGGAAUGCGGAAAAGAAGUCUCGUUUUCCAGCCGCUGGUGGAUCUUAAAAAAGAAACUGAUUUUGACCAUCGUCUACCAAUACAGCAGUGGUGGUUAAAACUUCGUCCCAUCCUCAAGAUUCUGGCAAAGUACAACAUCAACCUGGACACAUCGGAAACUGCACAUUUGGAGCACAUCACAAGGAAGAAAUCUGUGGAAUCCAAUAUCUAAGUUUGGAGGAGGGUGCACAUGGCACCGAGUGCCUUUCAGUAUUAUGGUCAGGCAUUGAAGUGUACCUGUUGCCUGUACGCAAUGGAGGCAGACAUUUUGUGACCGGAAAUAAUAUUUAGACUUUGCAGCCUGUCAGGUUGCUAUUAACAAGUGACAUCCCUGAGGCAUGAGGCAAUUUAAAAUAUCUCAUGCAUCAGUGAUGUGCCUGGAUCCUAUCGCAUUGCUAGGCUGUGCUCUAAAGCAUACUGGAUGAGCCUACAAAAUGGUGCCUCCGUGUGUAGGAUGACGAGUAUGUUUUAAUUCUGUGACAUGCGUAUUUAAAGUUAGUCUUACCAUUUAUAGUAUUUUGCUCAGCAUGCUAAAGCUUCUUAUUGUGUAGAGUGGCAAGUACAAAAAGAAGACCCAAAAACACACAACAGUGAAUAUUUUGUUUGGCAACAAAGCGGCCAUUUUAGAGUAUCAAUAGCAUAAUGGAUCACUGCUUCUUCUAUAUGUGAUCUUGGAACUUGACCCAGAAUUCAUGCAGCGUUGGGUCUUCCAGGCGCUAGGUCUCAAAACCACAAUUUAGAUUUUCAUGUAGAUUCCACUUUUUUGUGGCCUAAAGUACACAUCAUUCAAGCAAACAAAAAUUGUAGCACUUAUCUAACUCCAGUGUUCAUCUCGUUGUACCUUGCAAUAGCAUAAAUAAUAGCUUGUGAUAAUAAAGGUUGAAUCUGUGCCAACUGUUACCCAGAAUAUCUGAUGACGUUUUCACUGAUAAUAUGCAAGAUACUUUAGUAGCAAUGUGUUCCAAAUAACCUUAACAUCAACAGUUGUGGUGGGCGUUAUAAGCCCUCAUUCCGAGUUGUUCGCUCGCUAGCUGCUUUUAGCAGCAUUGCAAACGCUAGGCCGCCGCCCUCUGGGAGUGUAUCUUAGCAUAGCAGAAUAGCGAACGAAAGAUUAGCAGAACUGCUAAUAAAUAAUUCCUUGCAGUUUCUGAGUAGCUCCAGACCUACUCCUAGAUUGCGAUCACCUCAGUCCGUUUAGUUCCUGGUUUGACGUCACUAACACGCCCUGCGUUCGGCCAGCCACUCCCCCGUUUCUCCAGCCACUCCUGCAUUUUUACCUGGCACACCUGCAUUUUUUAUCACACUCCCGGAAAACGCUCAGUUACCACCCAGAAACGCCCCUUUCCUGUCAAUCACUCACCAAUCAGUAGUGCGACUGAAAAGCGCCGCACGAACAACAGCAAAACUGCUACGUUUUUAUUUAAAUAACUAAGCGCAUGCGCAUUUAGCAACAAAUCGCAGCAUAGCGAAAAUCGGCAACAAGCAAACAACUCCGAAUGACCACCAUUGUUGUAAAUUAAAUAUGUAUUGGCAAGUUAAUAAGUUCAUAUUGCUUAAACAUUAGGACAAACACACAGUUACUGUUCAAAUGUACUAAAUAUUUCUCUGUAUAAAAAUAUGUGCAUUGA